CGUAGGUGAGCGUGUCUGGUUCACUGUGGUCGUGCGUUGUGAAAUUGUGUGUGUUCGCGUCUCUAGGCUGGUAGGAUGAGUGACGAAGCUGAGGACAUGAAAAAGAAGGUCGCGCUUGCCAUGGCCGCACUAACAGAUACCGAAGUGGAGCUGGAAGCCUCGGCCGGCAAAGUACGCGCUAUCAAGCGCCAAAUAAUCGCGAACAGCUGUUUGGUUGCUGCGAUGGCAUCAUCUUCUUUCCGCGGACCAAGGGAAGCGUGGGCGUACGCUCGGCAUGGUCGGUGGUUUGAGGAAACUCUACCAAACCUUGGGGAACAGAAUUUCCGCCAGUCCUUUCGAGUGUCGCAAACGACAUUCAAAUACCUGGUCGACGUUUGCCGACCCACGAUGGAGCGCCAGACUACCAAUAUGCGUGAAGCCAUUCCGGUCAACAAGAGGGUCGCCGUAGCCCUCUAUAAAUUGUGUUCGUCAGCCGAGGACAGAACUAUUGCAAAUUUAUUCGACAUGGGGAGGUCCACGGUCAACAUAAUUUACCGCGAGUUUUGUGAAGCCGUAGUGGACUCGCUUGAAGAACGGUGGGUGAGAAUGCCUACUCCAAGUGAAAUGGAGGAUCACAUCAAAGAAUUCCAACUUACUCUCGGGUUUCCACAAGGUGUGGGCGCUCUGGACGGGUGCCAUUUCCCGGUUUCCCCUCCAAAAGAAUACGCCAGCGACUACUAUAAUUAUAAAGGCUGGUACAGUGUGAUACUACUCGCACUGGUGGACCACAACUACAUGUUCCGGUUUAUCAACGUUGGGUCACCAGGAAGAUGCCAUGAUGCACAUGUGUAUCAUCAAUCAAGCCUGUCGCGCCUGAUUGAAGGACCCACCUUCAGGACGCCAAAAACCACAUUGGGCAACGUUGCUGUGCCACCACUGGUACUUUGUGAUCAGGCGUUUCCCCUCACACCGAAUUUAAUGAAGCCAUUUGCCAGCACAAGCUGUUCUGAGGAGCAGAAACAUUUCAACUACCAAUUAUCAAAAUCGCGCAGAAUAGUGGAAAAUGCCUUUGGACGGCUUAAAGCCCGUUUCAGGUUCAUAAUGAAGCGGAUGGAGUGCGACAUCAGCCAUGCGCCGAUUAUUAUAAGGGCAUGCUGUGUGCUCAACAAUAUUUGCGAGCACUACAAUGACACUGUGCCGCAGCAAUGGAUCAAUGAAGUACAGCUGCAUGAUGCAGUAUUUCAGCAACCAGCGCACACCACAGAUGCACACGUUGCGACUGGCAAGAACAUCCGAGCUGCACUUGCCAUGCACUUACGUCAACAGAUGGCCCAAUAGCCAAGACAUGACAUGAAGAAGUUCCAUUGGUUGGUUUUCAUUUAUUAAAAAACCCGGACAUCAGGUCCACCAACUUCUCCUGUGCCUUCACUUGGCGCUCUCGUAAAACUUGGUCAGCUUUGGUGGCAUCCUCUAGAGCAGCUAUCAGCUUGCUCUGCUGCUCCAGCAGGGUGUUCCGAAAUGUCUCUGUGGCCGACACCCUCUUCCGUUUUGCCGGACGGCGCUUCUGUUGAGUGGUCUGUGCCUCUGCAAUGCUAC